AUGGCGGUCGAACUAGUUCCAGAUGCUCCGUGGUAUUUUGGUGAAAUUAGCAGAGAAAAAGCUAAUGAAAUUCUAAUUGAUCAGCCUGUUGGAACAUUCUUGAUACGUGACAGCACUACAAAGUCAGGUUACGUGCUUGCGAUAAAAGAGGCCAACGAAGUCAAGCGUUACUUACUUACAUGGGCACCUCAACUAAAAAAGUUCAAGUUUGGCGACACUCUCUAUUCUUCGCUCGAUGAGUUGGUUAGACUUCAUACUUCACACUCUUCGAGUACUCGUAUGAGGCAGCCAGCCCAGAAGGCUACUUAUGCUGCUUUAUAUUCGUUUCAAGCACAGGAAGAGGGAGAUUUGUCUUUUCAGAGGGGAGAUUUGUUAACAUUCAUAAGACAAAAGCGAGAGUGGAUUCUAUGUAAAUCAGGCGAUAACCGUAUCGGUUGGGUUCCUUCAAAUUAUUUAACUCCGUUUACACCUGAAAUUGUUGCAAGAUUAAAGGGUCUUGGUGACCAACUUGGAUUAACCUAUUGUCAUAUGCUAAAAUCUGUUCAGUUACCAGCUACUGGAAAGGUUGUAAGAGCUAGAAAUCCCAGUAUCUUCGCGACAAAUCACUUGAAAGUGGAGUGCGAUGAUGAAGUUCAAAUCAGGAAACUACUUCCUGAUGGAUUCUGUGAGGUCUGGCGAGAACGUGAUCAAGUUGGCGGCUUGGUACCAAUUAAUUUCCUUAAGAUUGAAUUCCCUGAACAUGAUAUUACAAUGAUUUACGGAGUUGUUUUGGGUUUAAGUUGUAUUGAAUUGAAACCACACAAAUUAAUGAUUGAAGAUACAAAAGUUAUAAGACAGGAUAAUAAAGAUAUUAUGUCUGGCAUUUCACGAGUUGGCAAGCUAUUACUACCACGUACUGCUUUAUUGUUAUGUGAUAUACAGGAAAAAUUUCGUCCAACUAUUAGUCAUUUUGAUGCUAUUGUCGAAACGUCUAGUCGGAUGUUAACAGCUGCUCGAAUGCUAGGAAUGCGCAUUGUAGUCACUGAAAUGUACCCUAAAGGUUUAGGUCCUACCGUCAAAGAGUUAGGAGAUUUAAGUGGUAUUCCCAUCAUUUCAAAGAGAUCAUUUUCUAUGCUAACAGAUGAAGUAGCCAAUGUUUUGGAGCUGGGAAAACAAAUCAAUUCUGUUUUAUUAUGUGGUAUUGAGACACAUGUUUGUGUUCAGUCAACUGCAUUAGAUUUAAUUGAACGGGGAAUACAAGUUCAUUGUAUUGCAGAUGCUGUAUCUUCACGAAAUAUGGUUGAUAGAAUGUUUGGAUUUCAACGAAUGAGUCAAUCAGGUGUCUAUUUGACUACAUGUGAAUCAGCUUUAUUAACUAUACUCUGUGGUUCUGAUCAUCCUCAAUUUCGUGAUGUUCAAAAGAUUAUUUUAAAGCCUAGCCUGGAUAGCGGUUUAUUAACUGGAUUCAAUACACCAAAAAUUAGCUAA